AUGAUUCCAUAUGUUCAUCUAGCCAACAAACUAGCUGAGAAAGGUCACCUGGUAACUUUCUUGCUUCCCAAGAAAGCCAAGAUACAACUCGAACCUCUCAGUCUGUUCCCGGACAGCAUUGUCUUCGACCCUCUUACCUUCCUCAUGUUGAUGGUCUCCCUCUUGGCGCAGAGACAACCGCGGAUAUCCCAAACCCUUCCGGGAAUUACAUGUCCGAUGCCAUGGCACUCUUGCGCGGUGCAUCGAAGCAAAGGGAUUAACCAACCACCGGGUUAUCCUUCCUCGAAAAUGGUGUUACGUGGGUACGACGCUACCCUCUGUUCUGACUCGCCAUUUCCUGCGCAAGGAUUCUUCGUGGGAUCGCCAAUAGUCUAA